AUGUCGGAGCCCCAACAAGAAACAAGGCCGGCAACCGAUGAUGACGGGUUCAACCGGGAUUUGGAGGCAAAGUUAAAGAUUGCAGGAAGCAACGAAGAGCAGCCCAUUAUACUGAAGAUGAAACGACUAGAUUGCCCGGCCGCUCUAAAUUUUAUUACGUUCAUUAUCGCUGAGCCUCCGGAGCUGGAAGGCACACGGAAU